AUGAAAUUUAUAUAUUUCAGUUUUUUUAUCAUUUUUGAUUUGACAUUGUCAAGUACAACGACAUUGAGUGAUUUAAAUCUGGACACACAAGUUCUUGCACAACCUGUAAUUGAAGAAAAUUGGGAAGAACUGCUUGUUGCCGGACCACUUGCAAUAAAUUAUAUUGGUAAUUUAAUGAUAUUAGCUAGCAAAUGUGAUUUUUCUUUGACGUCAUCCAGCCCCAGUCAUGUUUAUGAACAUAUUAAAUAUCCGAAUUCAUUUCGUAUGACCUUAGCACAGAUUGCCAGUGAAAUCUAUAAUGCAUUUAUGAAUGCACAUACUACCAUAGAGCGAAUACAAUCAAGUACAAAACAAAUACCACAACAUUUGAAAAUAAUUCUUAAACUACUCAAAUCAGCUGCACCUAGUAUAAUCCAAGUAAUGCUUCCAAAAACAUUAGAUACGAUUGAACGAAUUCCUAAAGAUGUCGCUAAUUCAGCCAACAUUAUCAUAAAAAAGUAUGAGAGUUCAACUGCACUUUUACAAGAAGUUAUUGAAGCAUUGGCAGACUCAUACGGAGUCAACAAUAGUGUCUUGAUGAAUAUGAAUGUAUUAGUAAAUGCUACUAAAGAACUCAAUAAGAUGCAACAACAAUGGAGUGAAAUAGCUAGAUAUCUGAGUAUAUUAACAAUACGUGUUGAAACUAGUCGUCAAACUGUAUUUUACGAACUUAUGGAUACUAUCAAUAAUAUUAUAUCAAUGAAUAUUCAAUUGAAUGCAGCUGAUCGAUAUUUUUUUGUUUCAAAAAUGCUUGAUGCAAUAAUUAAAAUAGAACAAGAUGCUAAUUUGUUAUAUAUUAUAGCGAAAACAUAUUAUGAUGUUAGUAGUGCAUAUAUAGUAUCUCAAAUGUCUGAUGUUUCUAAACUUUUACUGCUUCAAACUGAUGAUGAACGACACGCUGCUAUGAUACAAUUAGACGAAACUUUAUUAUUUACCUCAGCAGAAAUUUCACAAAUAGUUUUAGAACAAAAACAGCAAUACCAACAACGUAAUCAGGAAAUACAAGACGAAUAUAAACAAUUUAUACAACAGAUGAUGUUCGAAAAUUUAACAGCUAGUAUCGGAAAAUAA